AUCUGAUCCGAUUUUGGUCCAGAUUGUACUGUUCGGUUUUGAGUAAAACAAAAAGGCAGGACAAAAUAGUAGGGGUGGCUAUACGGUCCGGUCCGGUUAAAUUGGACCAAAUUGAUCUGGUCCCUGUCCGGUCUUUUCGGGAAUAUAAGGACCAAAAUUGGAUUGGAUACAAUCCGGUCUUGAUCCGGUCCGGUCUUGACCCGGUCCGGUCCCAAUUUUAUCUUGAUUUUAGGUGUUGGGGGUCUCUUAUCCGGUUUUUUACCUCAAAUCUAAGCCCGAAUAUGAGAUUGCAUUGUUUGCUAUCCGAUCCCAGUCCGAUCCCAGUCCAAAUUAUACAGUCCGGUUUCGAGUAAAACCAAACAAUCCGGUACCAAAUAUCCCUACAAAAUAUCCACCCCUACUUCGCUAUAUAUAUCCAACUCUUUUCUUUGUCACUCUUUUUACCAUAAGGCAGAAACAGAGCCCAACGAAAGAACCAAAAAAAAAAAAAAAACAAAGAAAAAUGCUAGCCUGCCGCCAAAUCACUAUCCACCGUCCUGCAUGUAUCUCACGUGGCGGCCACCGCUCCUCCGCAGCCGCCCGGUCCCCACACCUCCAGCGACCGGUUACUCCCUCCGCCAUCGCCGCUCCUACUCCGCCUCCGAAGCACCAAAACAGGAAGCAGCACUCGAUGCCGCCGGCGAAGGUGGAGCUUUUCAGGUCGCUGGACGGAUGGGCGGCGGACAACGUGCUGCCGCUGCUGAAGCCCGUGGAGAAGUGCUGGCAGCCGCAGGACUUCCUGCCGGACCCGACCCUCCCGGCGGCGGAGUUCGCCGAGGAGGUCCGCCUGCUGAGGGAGCGGACGGCGGAUCUCCCCGACGAGUACUUCGUCGUGCUGGCCGGCGACAUGAUCACCGAGGACGCGCUCCCGACCUACGAGACGAUGCUCAACACGGCCGACGGCGUGAAGGACGAGACCGGGGCCAGCCCAAGCCCAUGGGCCGUGUGGACGCGGGCCUGGACCGCCGAGGAGAAUCGCCACGGCGAUCUGCUCCGAACUUUUCUCUACCUGUCGGGUCGGGUCGACAUGGUCAUGGUCGAGCGCACCGUUCAGUACCUCAUCGGAGCUGGCAUGGAUCCGGGGACGGAGAACAACCCGUACUUGGGGUUCGUAUACACGUCAUUCCAGGAGCGAGCCACGUUCGUGUCGCACGCCAACACGGCCCGGCUGGCGAAGGAAGGCGGGGAUCCAGUGCUGGCGCGUAUAUGCGGCGUCAUCGCAGCCGACGAGAAGCGCCACGAGCAAGCCUACACUAGAAUCGUGGAAAAGCUGCUGGAGCUGGACCCGAACUGCGCCGUUUUGGCGGUGGCGGACAUGAUGAGGAAGAGGAUCACGAUGCCGGCGCACCUAAUGUACGACGGGAGGGACCCCAAGCUGUUCAAGCACUUCGCCGCGGUGGCGCAGAGGCUCGGGGUUUACACGGCGGAGGACUACGCGGAUAUACUGGAGUUCUUGGUCGGACGGUGGGGGCUGGAGAAGUUGGAGGAUGGGUUGGACGGUGAAGGGAGGAGGGCGCAGGAGUUCGUGUGUGGUCUCGCGCAGAGGAUCAGGAGGCUGCAAGAGCGAGCCGAUGAGAAGGCGAAGAAGUUUGAGCCGGAAGCCGUCAAGUUUAGCUGGAUUUUUGACCGGGAGGUGGUUUUGUAAAAAAAGUGACUUUUGGUGAUUAAGGGUUUAUCCGCUAAAAAUGAACCGUAUCUCCCCACCAUGUGUUGCUCGUAGGGCUGUUAUUCGGUUCGGUGAUAAUGCAGUUAUUGGUUAAUUGUUAAUCAAUAUGUGUUUUUAUCGUUAAUAGUGUCGUUUAUGUUAGUUAGUUAACCGAUAAUUGAAUAUAUAGUGGGUUAGCGGUUUACUGUCUAACUAAAUAUAUAUCAACUAGACAUUUUACAAUGCUAUAUAGUAUUGGUGCUAUAGGAUUUUGCCUUUAUGGUACAACUUAAAAUUGUACAUUUACUUUAUGGUACAACUUCAGAUUGUACCUAUACUUUUUGUACAAAUUCUUUUAUGGUACAACUUGAACUUGUACUUUUAUGUGAUGGUACAACUUCAAGUUGUAAAGUUGUACCAUAACAUAAUGGUACAAAUUGCUUUAUGGUACAACCUAAACUUAUACAUUUAAUGUUAUGGUACAACUUUAAAUUGUACAUUAAAGCACCAAUACUAUAUAGCAUAGUAGAAGUGCUCAUAUAUCAAGUGAUUCGGAAUGGGUAGUCACUGAGAAGGAAAACACUAAAACCACAUUAUUCCUAGAAGGUUCAACUGUGGCGACGGGCCAGACGAAAUCUAGGCCGAAAGAAGGAGGACGACUGCGAAAUCGACAAGAUCUAAGCCGAGGACAAAUUCGAUUGGGGAAACUCUAGCAAGGAUGACUUGGGCGCGGAGGUGAAGGGCGCGCCGAUGCAGACGAUGCGACGCAGGAGAGGUUGAAGCAAAUGACGACGACGCAGGCAAUGACGACUAGGACGACGAGGAGGGCGGGUAUGGCGAGGGCAAAAAACGGCGACGAUGGCAAGGCCUUUUACUGUUCUUAUGGGUCAUGUUGCCAGUGAAAGAGAGAAACGAUUCGAGAGAAAAGAGGAGAAAAAAUGGCUGAAAUUAGGGCUAGCGGACGGUUUUCCGGUUAGCGGCUAACCGGUCGGUUUCAACCAAACCGACCGGUUUUCGGCUAGCCGAAAAACCGAUUCCAAAGAGGGCGGUCGGUUGGCGGUAGAGGAAAUCAGGGGUCCGGUUAGCCGAGUAACCGAAGCCAGUUAACCGCGGUUAACCGGCCGACCGACCCACAACCGAAAAUAUAAAAAAGAGGAGGUGACCCCUCCACUCCAGCUUCUCUCUUUCUUCCUAACUCCUUCGACUCUUCUUCUCUCUUUCUUCCUACAACUCCUUCCACAGCAAAUCCGACCCUCACCUCUCCUCCUCGGCGCCGGAAAUUUGGGCCGCGUCUUCCUCUGCAUGGAGGCCAGGAUCCUCGCGCCCGUCGCCUCGCCUCCCGUCGCCGCGACCCCUCCAGGCUCCAGAUCUGUUUCCAUGGAGAAAGGUGAGAGAAGAAGAAGGAAGGAGAGAGAAGAGGUCUGGUGGAGAGGAAGGAAGGAGAGAGGAGGAGAUAAGGAAGGAGUGGUGGAGAUUUUUUGUUUUAUUAAAAAAAAAUUUUCGGUUGGCCGGCUAACCGAGCCUUAAACCGGAACCGACCGGUCGGUUGGCCGGCUAACCGUGAGCUCUCUUCGGUCGGUGGUCGGUAUCUACAGGGGGUGGCUCGGUUUAACCGAUAAACGGGUUUUUGGUUAAACCGAAACCGACCGACUGCCACCCCUAGCUGAAAUGGAAAGGCGGUUUGAUUGCUCCCCAAAUACCGCAAGGCUGGGAUCACGUGUUCACAUACCCAAAAUGCCCUUAUAAUAAAUCAACCCUUAGAUUUAUGGAAAAUGAAAAAACGGAGAUGCAUUUGGUUAUUACGGUGCUAACUUGGUUAGCCUCCCAUCCCAUCCCUAUUUAGUGUCCUUCAUUCCCAACAGUCAAUAAAUUGUCCAAACCACUCUCUGUAAAUGUUUCAGUAACAAUCAAUAAAACGACAUUAAGCCAUUGUAGGGGCUUAAUAGACUUUCCUAUUUACA